GAAGGACUUUUGUAUCGUGAUCAAUUCUGUGGAGGUGAAUAGAGAACCAAUUAUGGGAAAGUUCAAAAGUGUUUGUGUCUUUUGUGGAAGCAAGUCAGGGAAUAAAAAGAUAUUCAGUGAUGCAGCCCUUGAUCUUGGAAGGGAGCUGGUUGAAAGGAAGAUGGAUUUAGUGUAUGGAGGAGGGAGUAUUGGACUGAUGGGGCUUGUUUCUCAGACUGUUUAUGAUGGUGAAUGUCAUGUCUUAGGUGUUAUCCCAAGAGCUCUUGUACCGAUUGAGAUUUCAGGUCACACAGUUGGAGAAGUGUUGAUUGUAUCCGAUAUGCAUGAAAGGAAGGCUGAGAUGGCUCGGCGAGCUGAUGCUUUCAUUGCUCUUCCUGGAGGGUAUGGAACCUUUGAGGAGUUGCUUGAGAUGAUAACAUGGUCUCAACUUGGAAUCCAUAACAAGCCAGUGGGUCUAUUAAAUGUUGAUGGGUACUAUGAUAGCUUGCUUGGGUUUUUUGACAAAGGCGUAGAAGAAGGAUUUAUUGGACCUUCAGCCAGGAGCAUUGUCAUAUCUGCAAGGACGGCUACAGAGCUAAUCCAGAAAAUGGAGGAUUAUAUACCUCUCCAUGAACAAGUAGCACCAAGUCAUAGCUGGAAAGUAGAAGGGUGCAAUGGAAAUUUGUAGCUGUUUGCUUCUUCAGAUCUUCAAAGAGGAAAAAUAUUUCUCUUCUUGUGAUGAUAACUUUACAACUGAUUUCUUGAAGUGCGUGUGCAAGCCUCCCCAACGUAAAUUGAAGGAUAUAAUGCACAAAAAUGAUGUAUUAAAUAGGAAUAAGUGGUAUUUAUGCAUGCAAAACCCUCUUGUGAUGGCUAUAUUUUUUACUUCAAAAUGAGUACAUCACUUGGAAACAAAAUGCAGACUAGCUUUUGUUA